AUGACAAGCUCAAUAAAAGAAAGUGCCUGCUCUCCUGAUUCAACAGUAUCUUCUCUUUUAACAAGCUAUAGCAUUGACAGCAGUAAUGUAUACUCAAACAAUUUGAUUCACUACAAGGACAAGCUUUACACCUCUGCAUCUGAGGCUUUAGAGGCUUAUAUUGAAGAUUUUGAUUUAAGUCUCACAUCCUCAGAAAUAAGCACUGGAAAAAUCUGCGUAUGUCAAAGCACUCCCAAGCAAGUUAAGUCUUCAAAGCAUCAUGCCAAAGAAAAACAUGCAAUUCAUGUAAAAUAUCUUUGUUUUUCAGCACUGGGUGAUUUUAAUCAGCAUGUAGGAUUGGGUUCUCUUGCUUCACCCUCUCGAAAGCAGACUGAGUGUGACCCAGACUUGAUUAGCCUUGCGACGGAUGAUCUGUUAGCAUUUCCAGCAGAUGGAUCACUGCCCUUUGUCCAGCACAGUCCUCUUAAAUCAAGGUAUAAAAGUAGUGAGUGGAACAGGCAGUCACUUAAAACAUCUUUCUGCCCUUGCCAAACCUCAUCACUCAAUAUUGAAAGCAGUUGCAGUCUCCAGGAGCAUGGAAAAGCUGUUGCUCACCAGAAUCCACACAAAGACUUCAGGAAAAAGAAAUGUGAUGUGUAUACACCUGGUAGGUAUGAUUCUGUCUCCUCUAAAGGAAGUUCAAGACCCUUGUAUUUUGAAGAGAAAGUGUUAGAGUUCUCCUCAAAGAAUUAUCCGAGGUGGCUUACCAGUCAGAAGUCUGACUUGAGUGUAUCAGGGAUAAGUAGUAUUCCCAAUUUUCACUACCCAGUCUGGCUUAAGAGUUACAACCUUUUUUAUGAUUCAACUAAAGAAAGUGAUGGUCAAAAUUUGAAUAUACAAGGCAAAGCUUCCUCUUCACAAACUUUUAAGAUCUUGAAAAGAAGACACUCUGUAGAUAAAGACAACUCUAAUUUUUUUGAACAAAAUGGUUGCCUGGAUCUGAGAGGUGAUAACAAAGUAGAAGAAAGUUGCAGCUGUGACAGUCCAGAUGUGUGCUUCCCAUUUGAUAACUCAUUUUUGAGACACACUAAAAAUCCAUUCAGAGCAGACCAGAUUGAGCUACUUACCUUGAAGGCUGACAGAGGUCUAGAGACUUCAGUUGAGGAUUUGUCAAAUAAUCUGGAAAAUGGUGGCAGUCCUUCUACAACAGAUAUACUAGGAGCAGAAAGAUCAUGGGAAAAUGCUCCAGGUGCUUUCAAACCACCAGUGCCUGUGUGCUGUGAGGACAUGGAGAAUGCUCUACCAUUCCCCAAGGCAGAUAUCAUACAUAAAUUCUUGGAAGACUGUUUAAAUGACAAAAAUAAGGAAAAUACUUUUUCUGGAUGUCAUCAUCACAGGCCCCUUGAAGCUUUGAAGCUAAUGUUGUUUAAACUUCAAGCAAUUCAGGGAAGUGUAAGCCAGAAUGAAACUGCUGACCAGAAGGAAGAGUUUGAAAAACUUUCUGAAAAAGCAGAGGCUGAAUUAAAUCUGUGUGACAGUGAGAUAAUUCCUCUUACUAAUUCUAUUCAGAAGGCUUUACACCAUUUGUCACAUCUGAAAAGUCUUGUUGAAGAGAACAAUAACCAACAAGAGCAGACCGAUGAUCCUGAAGAAGAUAAACAAGAGGGAAAGAAUAAUCUGUGA